UUCGUAGAGGUGGAACAUCGCUUUACAGAGGGUUUGAACUACGGUCUCUUCAACAGCUCACGACUGCACUUCAGCAGCAUGCACGUGGUCAUUCCCAUGUUUCGCGUGCAAACGGAGGUGGACCUCUGUAAAGCUUUGCCCUUCCUGGGCAUGAACAAUCCAUUCGACUCCGACCGGGCUGACUUUUCCGGCAUCAGCGACGUGGAUAAUCUCCAUAUCGACAGUGGAAAGGAGUCCGCCUAUCUGCAGGUUUCCAGAAGCGGAAUUCGGCUGUUCUCCGUAGGCACUCUCUGUCUGGGGACAGAUCGCCAUCAGUUUAGGCACCCUGAUCUCUUUGAGGUACCAAACCUCGAGGAACCAGGGGAAAUGGAAGCAAAGGACAUACAUUCCUUCGUAGUAAAUCAGCCCUUUACUGUCAUUCUCAUUGAUCGCGAGUCGGACUGCGUCCUAUACCAAGCCAGAAUCAAAGUGCCCGAGCCCGUUUCUGGUUCCAAAUUGCCUGCCACAAACUGA